AUGAAAAAAGAAGAUUCGAACGUGGUAUCACAUCUCGUUGGUGAUUUUGGAAAAUGGCAGGCAACGAUAAGUUUUCUUCUAUCGCUUUUAAAACUUCCCAUCGGUUGGUUUCAAUUGAGUAUCGUUUUUCUCGCACCUGUUACAAAUUUUUGGUGCGCAGUACCGAAGGAAGGAAAUUCAUGGUUCGCGGAUAUGUCUCCGACGGAAAGAAUAAAUUAUACGAUGAAUAAUUGUGACGUUGAAUGUUCCGAAUAUGCUUUCAACACGACAGUUUUUAAAAGCACGAUCAUAUCAGAGUGGUUAUUGAUAUGCGACAGAGAACAAUUAUCAAAUGUUGUUCAAAUGACUUUUAUGUUGGGUGUUUUAAUUGGAAAUGUUAUUUUUGGUAUAACAUCCGAUAGGUACGGUAGAAAAAUUCCAUUAAUGAUAGCAAUAGCUGUGCAAAGCGCAACGAGUUUACUAACGGCAUUCGUACCUUGGUUUUUAGGAUUUUUAUUAUUAAGAUUCCUUCUAGCAAUAUCAACCGGAGGAAUAAUGGUUACUAGUUUUGUAUUGUGUAUAGAAAUGGUCGGUGGAAAAUGGAGGACAUCAAUACCAAUAUUAUAUCAAAUACCAUUCGGUUUAGCAAAUUCCAUAAUGGCGAUAAUGGCAUAUUUUUUAAGAGACUGGAGAAAUUUAACUUUUACCAUGUCGCUCAUAUCAUUGAGUUUCAUGUCCUACUGGUGGUUGAUACCCGAAUCACCAAGAUGGUUAUUGGCAAUGGGAGAAAAUGAAAAAGCAGCCGACAUACUCAACAAAGCGGGAAAAGUUAACGGUUUGAAGUCGAAGGAUUUCUACACGGUAUUAACAUCUUUUAAAGGUUCUUCGGGAGUGAAAGAAGGAGAAGAACCUUCAACGAAAUCUCCACCUUUUUUUAAAUUAUUUCAAACGAAAAGGUUGAGGAGGACGACGUUGUCGUUAUUUUUCAAUUGGUUCGUCGCAGGUUUGAGCGUUUUCGGUUUUUCACAAUACAUAAGUUUUAUUGGUAAAAACGAUGACGUUUUCGUACAUUUCACAAUCGGUGGUUUGGUAACCAUACCUGGAACUCUUUUAUGUAUAUUUUUCGUUAAUAAAUUCGGGAGAAAGAAAACAAUCAUUUCAUCUUGCGUUAUUUACGGAUUUAGUUGCAUGAUGGUUGCGACCGUUCCCUCGGGAGCUUAUUCCCACGAUUGGCCUAAAAUAUUUUUUGCGGGCAUAUCAUUGACGGCCAUGUCAAUAGCUUUUCCAGCACUUUAUUUAUACGCUGGAGAAUUAUUACCAACGGUUGCUAGAAAUGGAGGAUUGGGUGUGUCAUCCAUGUUUGCAAGAAUCGGAUCAAUGGUUGCACCUUUUGUACUUUCCACGAGAAAUUGGAACGAACACGCGCCAUUAAUUAUUUUAGGUAGUUUGCCUUUCAUCGCCGUUUUUUUAUUAAUUUCCCUACCGGAAACUAAAAAUCAAACUUUACCGGAUACAAUUGAAGAUGGUGAAAAUUUUGGAAAGAAAAUUAAAAAUGGCGACGACGUAGUAGGUGAGGUGAAAAAAAAAACCAUAGACGCAAGAAGUUUAAAUCCUGAAUCGUAA